ACCGUAGAGGACGCUGAUGACCAAAAUGUGAAACAGUUUUUCAUGGAAAAAACGGAAAAUGGACAAGAAUUGAGUAAAGAACAAGAAGAUAUUGUGGAUGCUCUGAAUCGUAAGGAAAUAAUUAAUCAGGAACUGGAAAGUACAACUCGUCAACGUGAUGCCUUAAAAGAGGAAAUAACCACAUUAGCAGAAGAAGGAGAAAAAGUACAAAAGUUGUAUGAAGAAAGAGACGAACUACUAGACAGUUUAUUUGGAGGCGAUUAUGGAAGUGAUUUGGAGAAUCAACUUGAGAAGGAAGUGGACCUUCUCCAAGAACAGAAACAUCACAUGGACCAGGCUCACUUUAAGUGGCGACAAGCAUACAUGAUGGCUAUCACGUAUAUAUUCACGGAUAUGCAAACGACAGACCGACAUGAGCAUGCCUUGUUAUGUUACCACACCACCUACCGGCGAUCAGGUGCACUACGUCAAUGGUUUGAACAGGUGUUGAACACGACCAUCUCCAGAGACUUAGCUCAACUAACGGAAGAGUGUAAGACAAAGACGAUUGAGCUUCGCCGAGAACGUAUCCGACUCAUCCGGGAAAGAGUCAAAGAGCUGACGGGAAAAGAUGUCGAUUAUGACAUCGAUAUGGAUAAUGAUGCUGAAGAUGCUGCUGCCGACGAACAAGUAGCACAGCUGUUUGAAGCAGAAAAGGUCAAAGGUCAGAAUAAUUAUCUUGCACCUGAGCCACCGAUGCCACCAGCUCCAACACCAGUCCCGUUAAAUGACCUAGCUCCUCCCCCAUCUAAUGAAGAAAUAUUUGGAAAGAUUAAUGAACUACGAAAGCGCCACGAAGCGGAAGUUGAAGACUUUAAAAACAGUCAGGCUAUGAACCAUGCUCGGAUGGAAAUGGGAUUGAAGGAGAAAUUAAAUGCUCGACGGAGUCGCAGGAACAGGUUGCAAGCCCACACGGAAGAAAUGCAGGCGUUAGGGACGGCAGC